ACGUGACGACGACGUCUGGGUUCGAGGCGGCUAGCUCGUGUAGCGGGAACGCGGUGUUCCAUUCGGCGUCACGCGCAAGACUGCGGCAAGGCAUACGGCCGGUACACUGCAGCGGCGCUUCACCGGCGUUUGUCUUUGACCAGCGCGACUCUGAAUCGUGUUCCCGGCGUACCGAGGCACGGCACAGACCAACGGGUGACAGUCAUGGCGUCUACGGUGAAGAGCAACGGCACGCAAGAGCCAGCCUCCGGUCGAAGAAACGGAGACGAGCCGACAGACAAGCGCAAACGUCCACUGCGGUUCUCGGGUCAGCAGGACAUCCAGUUGCUACAAGAGGUGGUGAGCCUGAACCCGUUCAAGGACACCCCUCCAACUACGGCGUGGGCGUCGAUAUCGCGCAACUUGGAGAACGUGCUCUCCAUCAGUUCUCGGCGCUGCCGUGAGCGCACCAUCCUCAUGUUGGACCAGUACAUCAAGGGCGACCUCGCCAGCUUGCAACGCUUCUGCACCAAAGACGAGUUCGCCGUCAAAGAGCAGCUGCUCCAACAGGUUCUGCAGCAGUACGAAAGCGGCGCCGGUGGCUACAGCUCUCGCAUCGGCUCCGGCGUCGUGACGGCGCCCCAAGCAGCAGCCGCCCAAGAGGAUGACGACGACGACUUCGACUUGUACAAGCCUCGCGUCAUCCUCCAGGAAGACUCGACGCCCGAACACUCUGCUGACAGCCUCGAACCAAGCAGCGAGCACGACAAGGACGACCAGCAGGAGCCAUCUCCGAAGCGGCCGCGACUCACGGAGGACGAGGUGCUCAUCGAGGAGAUCAAGGCUGCCGCGGCUGCGGCCGCAGCUGCCGAAGAAAGCGCCGCCGAUGCCGAGGCUGCCAUGGUGGCCGCCGCGGACGGCAGCUCAACUGCCAUCGAAGCGCGCCACGUGGCUCGGUCCAUAGGCGCCGGAGACUUCCCCAUGCAAGUCAUCACCUUCCUGCUCACCCGGCAGGCCAAGGAAGCUCAGGUUCGAGAACGCGAGCUGAAGAUUCGUCGGGAAGAGAUACAGUUGGAGAAGGCCCGGCUCAAACUUCAGGAAGACAAGCUGGCACUGGAAAGAGCCCGCUUCGAGAUCGAACGCCAAGAACGUGAGCUGCGUCUCCGUUCCGAACUCCAGGAGCGCACUGUCUUCAUGGAGGUGCUCAAGAAGGUCUUCAACAAUGGUCUCGGUACCAUCUGACGAGACGCCGCGUUACUUGCCCGCUGUGAAUGGUGAAGGGGGUGUAUCCCUCGCGAAAGUGACUGUACAGGGGCAACUGCCUGUUCUAGCUUGUCAGAAGCUAAUUUUCAUGAGCUUUUUGUAAUAUAAACACCUGGAAAAGUCUCUGGACGUAAAUGUGCCUGUCGUUGUUGCGCCUUAGCCGAACUCUAGUCUUACUUUUUCUAUACUGCAUUAAACACCCAUCAACAUUGUCUGGUCUUCUUUGUCCACGUGUCUUCUUCCUCUCCAAAUCAGCAG